UCUCCGCCUCCAUGGAAGGCGUUCUUGAUCAUGGAAUUGGUAUAGUAGAUGGAAGAGGAGUUUCAGCAAUAGUGAAAGGAGAUAGGAUUCCCAUGAAGAGGUCUCCAUGCCCCGCAAGGAAGAGGCUCUCUGAUAUAUCUAAUAUGCAGCAGCAGCAGCAACAACAACAAUCUUCCACCCAAGAUGAAAACCCCAAGCGAGUUUCUUGCACCCCCAAAGACUACAUAGAGAAGCUCCACAAGGAAAACGCCACUCUUCUAAAGCUUCUUGCAGAUAAAAAUAAAAUCAUUGAGCUGCAUGGCCUCGAGUUGCAGAAACUACGAUUCAAUUUGCAGAAAGUGAGUCAACAGAAUUGGCAACUUGCUCAAACCAACAGUAACAUGUUAGCGGAACUGAAUUUGGGUAAGGACAGGCUAAAAGGACUACAGCAUGAACUUGGAUGCACGAUGGCAGCGCUCAAAGCAAAGAAUUUACAACUGGAGGAGAAAAAUAAACCGUGUCAGAAGAUUGGCAUCAAGGAGGAACCUCUUAACCUUGAGGAGGUAGAAGAGGCAGCCAAAGGAGAGAUUAAUUCAAACAGGAGGCGCCAGUCAAGAAGGACAUCAUCGAGUCAUCAUACCCAACAAGUAGCAGUAAAGGACAAGGUCAACAACAAAAGAAUUUGUUUGAGAAGGCGAUCUAGUGCUUGUAAAUCCGAACAACCCAAACCUAUGGAAGACUUGUUUGAGAUCGAAGAUGCCAAGUUCCCAGUCCAUCCACUGGAGGAUUCAAUGCAUGAAGAUUGCCAUAUUUCAUUGGACUCUUGCAAACCAGGGAUAGAGAAGGAAAAAGGCAACAGUACACCGCAACAUCAACUGCAAGAGUUACGGAGAUCAUCAAUUGGGAGGCCAUUGCGGAAAGCUGCUGAGAAGGUGAACACUUACAAGGAAAUGCCACUCAAUGUCAAAGUACGAAGAUCUGAGUAAGCAGCGUUUUCCAUCAACUGUGCCACUGACUAAAGUAACUUUUACAGUUCAAAAGUCUAAAUGAUGCAAGCAUUUGCAACACUUGUGACGGCUGACAUUUGUUGUACCAUCUUGUUUUGUGAUUUGUUACACACACUUCUUGUACACCCCCUUCGCUGCGUAGGUGAUUUUUUAGGUGUUUGAAAGUUUUAUUUUUCAUCCACUGAUGAUGAGCAAGAGAAAUGCUUGAAAUGAUUGUAAUGAAUUGAAUUACCUGAAUCUCUGAUUACUGUGUAGUAACUUAAGAGGGUUAAAAAAGUUUUAUGUA